GAGUGUGCCGUUAUAUACGCAGGCUGACUUCACUAUGUACUAGCAGCGAGCAGUGUUGGAGGCAGUCACACGAACGACCACCGCUCACACAAUAGAGGACAUACAACAAUUCAUGUUUUAUAAACGACUGAUUAUUCGUCGUAGUCGUAGCAUACGUGUUUCUAUUUUUGAAUCGUAACUUAUUUUAAACGUAACUUAUUUUUCCUAAAAGAAAAAUCCUAAUUAGAGUAGGCUACAUUAUGGCAGCGUUGACAGGUGGAGAUAAGUGCAUUAAAUAUUUGCUGUUCACCUUCAAUUUUAUUUUUUGGCUUGCAGGCACAGCAGUGUUCGCUGUCGGACUAUGGUUGCGUUUUGACUCCUCGACCAAGGGCCUCUUUGAAGGAGAACAGUCUCCGUCUGUGUUCUUCACAGGGGUCUACAUCCUGAUUGCUGCUGGAGCUCUUAUGAUGGUGGUGGGAUUCCUGGGCUGCUGUGGAGCUAUCCAGGAGUCGCCAUGCAUGCUGGGAUUGUUCUUCUUUUUCCUGCUGAUCAUAUUUGCAGCAGAAGUGGCUGCUGGAAUCUGGGGCUUCUCCAACCAAGACAAGGUUGUCAAUGACAUAACACAGUUCUACACGGAAACCUUUGAAAAAUACAAAAAGACGAAACUGGAGCCACUCAAGGAGUCACUCCGUCUUAUCCAGUUUGGGCUAAACUGCUGUGGGCCCACAGGUGCGAUCUUUGAUGGUGCCUCAGAAACCUGCCCAAAAAAGGAGGGGUUGGAGCAGCUCAUCACCAAGAGCUGCACCGCAGCCAUUGAGGAAGUGUUCAACUCCAAGCUCCACAUCAUUGGAGGGGUAGGAAUUGGCAUUGGAGUCAUCAUGAUCUUCGGCAUGAUCUUCAGCAUGAUGCUCUGCUGUGCCAUCAAGAAGACCCGGGAGAUUGUAUAAGGAGGAUGGCAUUUUGUGACGACAUCACGCCUUGUUAAUUUGUAACAGUCACUCUGAUGAUUGCAGCUUCAUAUAUACAUGCCCUUAAGAUUUUCUAAUCUGAUGACAUCAAGAGCCAGUCACAACAAAAACCUUAACCCCAAUCACUAAUCAUGAGUUCCAUGCUUGAUGGAAAUUAUGGGUUUAGACUGAUGUGGGACCAUCCUCCUGAAGUUACAAAAAAAAAAAAAAAGAUCGGCUAAUAAUAUCAGGAUUGUAAUGAAUUGUGAACAGGUAGUUUCACUUCUUAAUGGCAUCCCUUGUUCAAGAAUGUCUUUAAUUUUGCUCCCCUUGUAUUUUUUAUUUGCAGUGGGUUUUAAAAUGUGUUUGUUGCUAUAUUGUACUUUGGAUUUAUUUUCCUUAAGCUUCAAAUAUUGACUUUUUUAAUGUCUUAUUUUUAGAGUAACCUGAUUUAUAAAUAAUGUUACAUAUUUGUAUGUACCUAUUUUGUUGAACACAAAGAAAUGUAACAUUUUAAAAUGCCAAAUAAAAUUGUGAUAACUAA